UGGGUAUGUUGUUUUUGCUUGUGUUUUGAGUUGAGCGAAGUGUCAAAAUGAUAUACGUUGGUAUCAAAUCAAUUACUGGUUGACAUUCAUGAGAAUGAUUUCUGCAGUGAAGAGAUUGACUCGUGUGUCAGGAGUGUUGAAAAAUGCCCGUCACUGUAGUAACACGAGUGCUGUAUUUGACGUGAUCGUGGUGGGCGGGGGCCAUGCGGGGACGGAGGCAGCGUGUGCUGCGGCGAGGAUGGGAGCCAAGACUCUCUUGGUGACGCACAAGAUUGAUACGAUAGGUGAAAUGUCAUGUAAUCCGUCAUUUGGUGGGAUUGGUAAAGGUCACCUGAUGAAGGAGAUUGAUGCUCUUGAUGGCGUCUGUGCACGUAUCUGUGAUAAAUCUGGAUUGCAAUAUAAAAUUCUCAACAGGAGAAAAGGUCCUGCUGUGUGGGGACCAAGGGCUCAGAUUGACAGGGACCUGUAUAAAGAACACAUGCAGCGAGAAGUACGCAGACUGAGUAAACUGAGGAUAAUGGCGGCCCCCGUAGAGAACCUGCUUCUGCGAGAAUCCAGACAGCCAGACCAUGAGCUCAUGAAGCAAGAGUGUCUCGGUGUCAUUCUCGGUGAUGGAAAAGUGAUGCUGGGGAAAACAGUUGUCUUGACAACAGGCACAUUUUUGCGUGGCUGCAUCAACAUUGGUUUGUCUGUCCGUCCAGCUGGGAGACUUGGUGACCAGGCAGCAGUGGGUUUGGCUAGGACGUUGGAGUUGGCAGGUUUUACAAUGGGGCGACUUAAAACAGGAACACCUCCUCGGUUAGAUGGUCGUACAAUAGAUUAUUCAGAGAUGGACAUUGUGCUUGGAGAUGAUCCACCGCAACCGUUUUCUUUUCUCAACAAUGAGGUGUGGAUCAAGACGGAAGACCAACUCCCAUGUCACAUAACCACCACCACAGAAGCUGCGGAAGCCAUAGUCCUGGAAACUCUGCACCAAAACAAACAUGUGAUGGAGGAAAUCAAUGGGCCAAGAUUUUGUCCAUCAAUAGAAUCUAAAGUCCUACGUUUUAGAGGAAGAAGACAUCAAGUAUGGUUAGAACCAGAAGGAUUAAAGAGUCAUGUGGUGUAUCCCAAUGGUAUAUCGUGUACCCUGCCAGAAGAGCACCAAGUUCGACUAGUGCAGUCUAUCCCGGGCUGUCAACAUGCAGAGCUGGUCCAGCCAGGUUAUGGUGUUGAAUAUGACUACAUAGAUCCUCGACAACUGAAGACAACUCUUGAAACUCACAGAAUUGCCAGCUUGUUCUUUGCUGGUCAGAUUAAUGGAACCACCGGGUAUGAGGAGGCAGCUGCUCAGGGUAUAAUUGCAGGCAUUAAUGCUGUCCUGAAGCUGAGGAAUCAAUCUCCAUUCACACUGGAUCGUACUGAGGCCUAUAUCGGUGUAUUGAUUGAUGAUCUAACCACGCAGGGCACCACCGAGCCGUACCGAAUGUUUACCAGUCGUGCAGAGUUCCGCCUGUCACUUAGACCUGAUAAUGCAGACAUCCGUCUUACUGACAAAGCAUACAAGGUUGGCUGUGUGAGUGAAGAGAGACAUAAGAUGACGACUGCUGCAGUGAGGAAAUUACAAGAUGCCAUGUGUCUUCUUCAGUCCAUCAAGAAGCCUGUGAUGAGAUGGAGGACAGAAUUACAACUGGGAGACAAAAACAGCUACAACUUACAAAGUGCUUUUGAACUGUUAUGUCAUCCGAACAUGACAAUGAAGCGGUUGGCACUUUCUUACCCAGAAAUGUUUGGACAUUUGAGAAACGAUGAACAGCUGAUGACAAGGCUGGAGAUUGAAGCCAAGUAUGCCAGUGAGUUAGAAGUCCAGUUGACUGAGAUUAACGAGGUCAGGAAGGAUGAGCAGCUUACUCUUCCAGACAACCUCGACUACCACAGUCUUCAAAUGUCCACUGAUGCAAAGAAUAAAUUAGCUGAAGUCCGCCCAUCAACGAUAGCUGCUGCAAGUCGAAUUCCUGGUAUCACACCAGCUGCCAUAGUUAUUCUGCUGAGACAUGUUAAAACCAACAUGACAGCCCAGUCCCACAAAGAAGUUGUCACAACCCUCUGAUAUUACUGACACUAAGUGUUUUUGACAGUGCAAUUGAGAAUCAUAUUAUUAUAUGCACCCGAGAGUCCAGAAGCAAGACAAGCAUUUUAUUCUCAGACAAUAGGUCCAAAUCCAACAUUAUGUAACAGUUAUCAGCUGUAUGAGCACUAGCUCCUACAGAACACGGACAGGCUAUAUUUUAUUCAACUAUCCAAAAGCAAGAUACCUCUGUGGGUUCAGUUGGUGUUCAGUGAUAGGCAGUGAUAGACACAGACAGUGACAUUGCUCUUGAAAGAGAAUGUGUGUGAGAUGGCAAAAAACGAGCUAAUUGUUCAGAGUUUCUGUGAUGUCAGUCACUUUGACUCAGUGAAUUUUUAUAUUUAAAAAUACCAUCAUGUUUGAAUGUUUCACUUACGAUAAUUUAUAAAAUAAAAAAAUUCUCAAACAUG